AGAGGGAGAGAGCGAUGCCUUGCGCCUUCUCUUACCCCUGUAAGCUGUGGGGAGCAGAUACUACUGCAACUGAUACUCUGUUUCCCAGCUUCCUAGCAAACUGAUUUUUUUGUGGAAAGAUGGAAGAGAACUUAUCAGAAGAACAAGGUGCAUUAAAUGUUGAGGAAGCUUGCAAAACACUAGGAACUGACUGUCUACACACUACAUACACUGGAGCUGAUCAAAGCACUUUGAGAACAACGGAUGAUAAACCGAGGACAUUGACUGCCAGUCCAGCAGCUACUGACACAUGUGGAAAUGGGGGCAUGGUUGAUGCACAGCUUACACCAGAAGUUAAUGGAGGAGGGGAUUGCCAUGCCAAAUCCUCUGGAAUACAAAUAGAAAGAUCCAAGAAAGCAGACUGUGAGCAGCAGCUUUCCAAAAUGGAUGGCACAAACCACUCCCUGAUAGACAUAUUACACGGGCUCGGAGAAUUUGACCAUAUUAAAAGGUCUGAUAAGGUUUGUUCAGAAAGCCCAUAUGACACAGAUUGUACCAAGAACCUUAUUUCAACUAUACAAAGUGCUUCCUCUCAGGAGGCUUUGCUAGAAGAGAUAGAGUCUGAACUGCUAUCAAUGGAUUUAUUGAAAGAGCAUAAACCUCCAAAUGGAGUCUGCAAGAGCGAGGCUGCACUGGUUGUGUUUGAAAAAUACAUGCAAGAUAAAUAUCUGCAGCAAGAGCACACAAUAAAGAAAUUGAUUAAGGAAAACAAAAAGCACCAAGAACUAAUUUUGGAUAUUUGUUCGGAAAAGGACAACUUAAAAGAUGAAUUGAAAAAAAGAACAGAAACUGAAAAACAGCAUCUCAGCAUUAUCAAACAGUUAGAGGCCAGAAUAGAGGACCUCCAAAAAGAAGUUAAAGGUGCUAAAGAUAAACUUCUAUCUCAAGAUGCUGCUGCAAAAACAGCUAUCCAGCAGCUGCACAAAGAGAUGGCCUUUCGUUCUGAUCAGGCGAACAAGAAAUGUGAAGAAGCCCGCCAAGAAAAGGAAGCUAUGGUAAUGAAGUAUGUUAGAGGAGAAAAGGAAUCCCUAGACCUGCGAAAGGAGAAGGAAGUACUUGAAAGGAAACUAAGAGAUGCAAAUAAAGAAAUUGAAAAGCACAGUAACAAAAUUAAGCAACUUUCUCAGGAAAAAGUGCGGUUACAUCAGCUGUUUGAAAAUAAGGAAAGUGAAGCCACCAGAAUGUCAAGGGAAAUUGAAAAAUUAAAAGAAGAAAUCAGUUCUCAUGUGAUUAAAGUGAAGUGGGCUCAGAACAAAUUGAAGGCUGAAAUGGAUUUACACAAGGAAACCAAAGAUCGACUUAAAGAGGCAACAACAAAGUUGACUCAAGCAAAAGAGGAGGCUGAUCAGAUACGAAAGAACUGCCAAGAAAUGAUAAAAACAUAUCAAGAGGCUGAAGAAAUUAAAUCAAAUGAAUUGGAUGUAAAACUCCGACUUACCAAAGGAGAACUGGAAAAACAGUUGCAGGAAAGAUCUGAUCACCUGGAGGUACAUCAUGCAAAAAUAAAAGAACUUGAAGAUGUGAAGCGAACAUUUAAAGAGGGUAUGGAUGAGCUGCGAACACUAAGAACUAAGGUCAAGUGUCUAGAGGACGAACGACUGAGAACAGAAGAUGAAUUAUCAAAAUACAGAGAAAUUAUUAAUCGCCAGAAGGCUGAGAUUCAGAAUCUUCUGGACAGAGUGAAAAUCAUAAAUCAGCUUCAGGAGCAGCACCUAAAGGAUGAGCAAGAGAUUACUUCGUUGAAGGAAGAAGUGGACAAUCUCAACUCUCUGAUUACUGACUUCCAGAAAGAUAUUGAUGGCAGCCGGAAAAGAGAGUCUGAGCUGUUGGUCUUCACUGAGAAACUGACCAGUAAGAAUGCUCAGCUGCAGUCAGAAACCAACUCCUUACAGGUGCAGCUUGAUAAACUUUCCUACAGCGAGAGAGAGUCACAGAAUCAGCUGGAACUUGUGAGGCAAGCAAGAGAUGAACUGGCAGAUAAAUUGCAGAAGGAAGAGGAGCAUCACAAGGAUAAUGUUGAGAAGCUGCAGAUGAAGCUGAGUUCUCAACAGAAAGCAUUAGCAGAUUUGAAUACUCUAGCAGAUGAAUUGAAAGAUGAGUUGAUUACUCAGAAACGAAAACAUGCAGCAAAUCUAAAAGACCUCACCAAGCAACUUCAGCAAGCGCGAAGAAAAUUGGAUCAGCUUGAAAAUGGCAACUAUGAUAAAGAAGUCAGCAGUAUGGGAAGUCGUUCCAGUUCAUCUGGAUCUCUUAAUGCUCGAAGUAGCAAUGAAGAUCGGUCACCAGAAAACAGUGGUUCUUCAGUAGCUGUGGAUAACUUCCCAGAAGUGGACAAGACCAUCUUGAUUGAGAGAAUAGUAAGGCUACAGAAAGCUCAUGCUCGUAAAAAUGAAAAGAUGGAAUUCAUGGAGGAUCAUAUCAAACAGCUGGUGGAAGAAAUCAGGAAAAAAACUAAAAUAAUACAGAGUUACAUUUUAAGAGAAGAAGCUGGCACACUGUCCUCCGAGGCCUCCGACUUCAACAAAGUGCAUUUAAGCAGGCGUGGUGGAAUCAUGGCCUCUCUCUACACAUCUCACCCAGCAGACAGUGGGCUCACAUUAGAACUCUCUCUGGAGAUAAACAGGAAGCUUCAGGCCGUUCUGGAAGAUACAUUACUGAAGAAUAUCACUCUGAAGGAAAAUCUGCAAACACUCGGAACAGAAAUAGAACGGCUAAUUAAGCAGCAGCAUGAAUUGGAACAGAGGCUGAAGGGAACAUAGCUGAGAGCAAGACCCAAGAAGGCAGGAAAGGCAGGUGCACCAAACCCUCUUGGCGCAUGAACUGGUCAUCUGCCAGUUCUCUAACAGUCCCAUGCAGCUUUAAUAAUGCAGUCUGGCACAUGCUUAUGAGCAAGGUUUACAAAACCUAGGCCGUAACUGCCUGCGUUGCUUGAAGUGGUGGAGACUUUAAUGAACUUAUAUGUGAACAAUAUAUUCAUCAGUUUCACUUUGACUGUAACUAGAUGUCGACAUUUACAGUCUUGCGCUAUAGAAAGAGAGACUCAUUCUGAUUUCUCACUUUUUUUGUGCAAUUAAAACACCCUGUCAUUGAAGAUGCUUGAAAAGAGGAUACAUAUGGAGGGAAGGGGUAUUUUUGUCUCUUUGCUGAAGUGGGUGAGAUUUGGAUGUACUGAACACAUUGCCUUCUAGGGCAUAUAAGUUCUUACACACAUACUCUUAGAUUUAUUUAAGUUGAUUGAGGUUUUUAUUUAUAAUAUGUGGGGAAAGGGCUUCAUCAUUGACUGUUUCCUUAUUCUAAGGACAGGGUAUUACAUAUUGGAGAAGGGAGAGUAUAAGAGUUCUCUUUUGACUCUUCAUUUAUAAUUUUUUUAAAAUAAAGAGUAUAUUGAAUGAGAAA